ACCAGCACACCCCAGAGCCAGGAUAGCGACUGUAACCCUGGCUGCCCCACCCACUUGACUGGCGGAGGGCAGCGGGAGUCAACCAGCUGGCGUUCAGGGCUCUCCAGCGGCAGCAGUUUCACUCAGUGACUGACGACAACGAGCCUGUCAGCUUCUGCCCAUUUGCACCCUCUUGUCUCCUGAUCGCCUGGUUUUAGCCAUGGAGAACGAUCCCAGCGCCUGUCUGGAGGGUCAUGUCUGUCUGGGCCCCACCCUACACCACUGGGGGCUGCAGCACACCAUGGAGAACUUGCAGUCCACUUUGCUCAUUGGACUUGUGAUCGGGGCUGCACUGCUCCUCAUUGGCUGUGGCACCUUUGUCGUGUACCGAAGGGUGAAGCAGGCUCGGCAGCCGCAGCCUGCUGCUCCGCAGUACAGAUUUCGCAAGAGGGACAAGGUGAUGUUCUACGGCCGCAAGAUCAUGAGGAAGGUGACCACCCUCCCCAACACGCUUGUGGGGAGCAGUGCUGCACCCCGGCAGCGGGUGAGGAAGAGAGCCAAGGUGCUGUCCCUGGCCAGAAGGAUCCUGCGAUUCAAGAAGGAAUACCCGACACUGCAGCCCAAGGAGCCCCCGCCCUCCCUGCUGGAGGCCGACCUGACGGAGUUUGACGUCAAGAGCUCGCACCUGCCCUCUGAGGUCCUGUACAUGCUGAAGAAUGUUCGGGUCCUGGGCCACUUUGAGAAGCCGCUGUUUCUGGAACUGUGUAAGCACAUGGUGUUCAUGACACUGCGUGAGGGGGAGCACAUGUUUCGGCCAGGGGACCCGGAUAACAGCGUGUACGUGGUGCAGGACGGGCGGCUGGAGGUCUGCGUGCAGGACACGGACGGCACUGAGGUGGUGGUCAAGGAGGUCCUGGCGGGAGACAGUGUCCAUAGCCUCCUCAGCAUCUUGGACAUCAUCACAGGUCACCCUGCCGCAUACAAGACAGUCUCGGCUCGUGCAGCUGCCCCCUCCACCAUCCUCCGACUGCCAGCCGAGGCGCUGGAGGGUGUCUUUGAGAAGUACCCCGAGACCCUGGUGCGGGUGGUGCAGAUCAUCAUGGUGCGGCUGCAGCGGGUGACCUUCAUGGCACUGCACAACUACCUGGGCCUGACCACGGAGCUGUUCAACCCCGAGAGCCAGGCUAUUCCACUUGUGUCCGUGGCCAGUGUGGCCAAGAGGCAGAUGUCCGGGAGCCUGGAUGAGCGGCGUGAGAAACCUCUGAGAGAGCCCUCCCACCCAGACAGAGGGAGUGCCUGCUCGGGGAGUUCGGGGCCUCUGCUGCGAAGGAGCCUGUCUGUCCCACUGCCGUCGACCCCCCAGGAGGCUGAAGUUCCUGUCUGUGAUGAGCUCCGAGAGGCCCCAGCGAGUGGCCCCAACCCUGGGGCCCCAUCAGGUAGCUCAGUGGAGACCAGCUCGGACCUGCAGACAGCCUGCUGCCACGCUCGCACCUCCCCACCCACCGACGAGCACGCUGGGAGCUGGGCAGCUGGCAAGUCCAAGAAGAGUGUGUUCGUGUCGGAGACCCCGUCUGCCAUCUUCCGCUACUCUCAGAGCCACUCGGACGAGGCCAUGACCAGCAGGAAGACAGAUGCCAUCUUCAGGGCCGCAAAGAAGGACCUGCUUACACUGAUGAAGCUGGAUGACCCCUCCCUGCUGGAUGGCCGAGUGACGCUUCUCCACGUGCCGGCAGGCACUGUGGUGUCCAGGCAGGGCGACCAGGAUGUCAACAUCCUGUUCGUGGUGUCGGGGCUGCUGCACGUGUACCAGCGCAAGAUCGACAGCCAGGAGGAGACCUGCCUGUUCCUGACGCACCCAGGGGAGAUGGUGGGCCAGCUCGCCGUGCUCACGGGCGAGCCCCUCAUCUUCACCAUCAAGGCCAACAGGGACUGCUGCUUCCUCUCCAUCGCCAAGAGCCACUUCUAUGAGAUCAUGCGGAAGCAGCCGACUGUUGUCCUGGGCGUCGCACACACGGUCGUGAAGCGCAUGUCCUCCUUUGUGAGGCAGAUCGACUUUGCACUAGACUGGAUGGAGGUGGAGGCCGGGCGUGCGAUCUACAGGCAGGGUGACAGCUCUGACUGCACCUACAUCGUCCUCAGCGGCAGGCUGCGCUCGGUCAUCCGCAAGGGCGACGGGAAGAAGCGUCUGGUGGGCGAGUAUGGCCGUGGAGAUCUCAUUGGCGUGGUGGAGAUGCUGACUCACCAGGCCAGGGCCACUACGGUGCAUGCCGUGCGGGAUUCAGAGCUGGCCAAGUUGCCUGUGGGAGCUCUGACGUCCAUCAAGCGCAAGUACCCCCAGGUGGUGACUCGGCUGAUCCACCUCUUGGGUGAGAAGAUCCUGGGCAACCUCCAGCAGGUGACCGCUGCAGGCCACCAGCAUGGGCUCCCCAUGGUGUACAACCAGUGGGACAUGGGCAACCCGGCCAGCAACCUGUCCACGGUGGCCAUCAUGCCAGUGUCUGAGGACGUGCCCCUGACGGCCUUCACCCUGGAGCUCCAGCACGCCCUGCGGGCCUUCGGCCCUGUCUUGCUGCUGACCAGUGAUAUCAUCAAGCAGCGCCUGGGCUCUGCUGCUCUGGACUGUGUCCACGAGUACCGGCUGUCCAGCUGGCUGGGGCAGCAGGAGGACAUCCACCGGAUUGUCCUCUACCAAGCAGACAGCACAUUGACGCCGUGGACCCAGCGCUGCAUCCGGCAGGCAGACUGCAUCCUCAUCGUGGGCCUGGGCGAGCAGGAGCCCACUGUGGGCCAGCUGGAGCAGAUGCUGGAGAACACUGCUGUGCGCGCCCAGAAGCAGCUGAUCCUGCUGCACCGAGAGGAGGGCCCCGAGCCGGCGCGCACUGUGGAGUGGCUCAACAUGCGGAGCUGGUGUUCGGGCCACCUGCACCUGUGCUGCCCCCGGCGUGUCUUCUCCCGAAGGAGCCUGCCCAAACUGGUGGAGAUGUAUGAGCGAGUGUUCCAGCGGCCACCCGACAGGCACUCAGAUUUCUCCCGCCUGGCUCGGGUGCUGACGGGCAACGCCAUUGCCCUGGUGCUCGGGGGAGGGGGCGCAAGGGGUUGCUCCCAGGUUGGCAUUGUCCGGGCCCUGACAGAGGCUGGCAUCCCUGUGGACAUGGUCGGAGGAACAUCUAUCGGGGCCUUCAUGGGCGCCCUCUACUCGGAAGAGCGAAACUACAGCCGGAUGCGCAUCCGGGCCAAGCAGUGGGCUGAGGACAUAACAUCCAUGGUGAAAACGGUGCUUGACCUGACCUACCCAAUCACUUCCAUGUUCUCGGGCGCCGGCUUCAACAGCAGCAUCAGCAGAGUCUUCAAGGACAGGCAGAUUGAGGACCUGUGGCUGCCGUUCUUCAUCAUUACCACUGACAUCACGGCUUCAGCCAUGCGUGUGCACACCCCAGGCUCCCUGUGGAGGUACGUGCGUGCCAGCAUGUCCCUGUCGGGCUAUAUGCCCCCUCUGUGUGACCCCAAAGACGGACACCUGCUGAUGGAUGGGGGCUACAUCAACAACCUUCCAGCGGACGUGGCCAGGUCCAUGGGGGCCAAGGUGGUGAUCGCCAUUGACGUGGGCAGCCAGGAUGAGACGGACCUCACCAAUUAUGGCGACUCCUUGUCGGGGUGGUGGCUGCUGUGGAAGCGCUGGAACCCCCUGGCCACCAAAGUCAAGGUGCUGAACAUGGCGGAGAUCCAGACGCGCCUGGCCUACGUGUGCUGCGUGCGGCAGCUGGAGGUGGUGAGGAACAGCGACUACUGCGAGUACCUGCGCCCCCCCAUCGACAGCUAUGGCACCCUGGAGUUUGGCAAGUUCAACGAGAUCUGUGAAGUGGGGUACCAGCAUGGACGGACUGUGUUUGACAUCUGGGUUCGAAGUGGGGUGCUAGACAAGAUGUUGGAGGACCGGCAGGAGAGGAAGACGAAGGCUUGUGAUGUCCUUACCUGCCCCAACGCCUCCUUCACUGACCUGGCUGAGAUUGUGUCCAGGAUCGAGCCCGUCAAGGCAGCCACAGUGGAUGAUGAGUCUGACUACCAGACCGAAUAUGAGGAGGAUGUGUCCCGGGACACUUACGCCGACUUACUGAGCACCACCGCGGCCGAGGAUUCGGACUCGGAGUAUGAGACCGCACUCCUGCAGACGCGCCCCUGGCGGGUGACUUCUGGGACAUCAUUGCAGGACUUCUCUCCCUCCUUCUCCUCUGACCAAGAGAGCUAGAGGACCCGCCUCGGUGCCACCCAGCCUCUGGCCUUACAAGCCCCCUGCAGCCUGGCCACCUCUUCUGCCUGGAGCAUGUCUCUGGGGGGGCUCGGCCAGACCCUGCUCCCCAGCGGCCUGAGGCGUCCCGAGCUCCCCCAGACCUCAACCACCACGCAGGCCUCUGGGAGGCCUUAGAGCUGGGAGACGUGGGGCCAGCGCAUUAAAGGUUCUGUCUGA